AUGUUCUUCUGCUCCAGGGGACCUGUCCUCCUGCGCUCCCCAGGAAACAUGCUUCUCUUCUGGAUGUCUUGUGGAUCCCUACUCCCUCUCCUGGUCCUCUGCUAUAAUGGACAAGAACGCUGCACAAUCCAGGAGAACAAACAAUAUCAUGUCCCUCUAUCCACAGUGUCCCCUGUGCUUGAGUCCUUGCGGUGCUACAAUGACUACACCUCCUACGGCCGCUGUAGCUGGGAGGAGAGUCCACACACGUCCGCACAAGCUCCGUUAGCCCUAUUCUACUGGGACAGCACUGUGAACCGUGAGUCCCUGUGUAAACCCUAUGGUCAGCCAGCACUGAAUCCCAACAAUAGCAAGCUCACCGUCCAGUGUCAGUACAACACUCUUUACUUUGGCAUCAAUACCAACCAUGUCUUCUUCUUCAAGACCACCUGUCCCCCUGCCCUGCUUCUGUCUAAGAAUGUGAGGGUGCGUCAACCAGUCCACCUAUCACAGCAGGCUGUAGAGAGAGGGGGCUGUUUGCUCAGCUGGGAAAGCCUCUACCCCCCCUCGUCCCUCCUGUCCCCCACUCUCAACUACCAGGUCAACUACAGGAGGUCUAACCAGGAUGACUGGAUAGCAGUGGAGGUUGAGGACUCCCAACUGAGUGUGGAGGCUGAGGCUCAGGGGUCUGGCUGCCAGUAUGAGGCCAAGGUGAGGGCAAGGGGGAAGACGGGACUGUGGAGCGAGUGGAGCCCCCUAGUGACCUGGUUGACUGAGGAGGACCCUGUGCCAGGCCACUCCAAUGCGCCGUGUGUGUUUGAUGAGGAGAAUGUGGUGACAUGCAGCUGGGAGGUGAAGAGAGACCUGGCUCAGUUCCUUACCUUCCAUCUGUCCUGCAAACACAACCACACUGCACCAGCCCAGAAAUGCUGUGUUAACGCCAUGGUCAGCGCUCCAUCCAGGGGUCCAAUGCUCAAAUACAGCUGCUCCUUCCCUGUCCCAGACUCAGAGCAGCUAGAGGUGGAGCUCAUCCCCACACGCAAAACCAAAGAGUUUCAAACACACAAACACAUUCGUCCAAACCGUCCACUCGACGUGCAGAUAGAAGAGAUAGAUGGGAACUGGAUUCUAAAAUGGAAUCAUUCAAAAUCAAAAGUUGAACUCUCCUAUCAAGUGCACUACUGGAGUAAUGAGACUCAGGAGGAUACUAGGCUCCUCAAUGUCUCCCAGGGGUCCUUCUCGCUCUCCAUCCUGGGGGGGUCCCUGCGCCCCUCUGAAUGCUACCUGGUUAAGGUGAGAGCCCUGGUGGUCCCGGGAAGGGGUGAUACUUUUGAAGGACCACCUUCAGAAUGGACCGACCCAGUGGAGUGGACCUCACAACCAGCUUCCUGGUCCGUCACCACCUUCCUCUACGUCUUCAUCAGUGUACUGGUGGCCAUUGUCUUCAUCGCUCUCUAUGUUACCAUACCAGCCUGUCACAGGAGGGUAGUCCUGUGGGAGUUGUCUGUCCCGUCGCCCCUCAAGAGCAAGGUACUGCAAGAGGUCAUUAAGAAGUCUCCUGAUAGGUUGUUAUUCCCCGAGAGUGAGAGAAAUGUAGAGGCCAAUGGACUGUUCCAUUCCAUUACCAAGGAUGGGUGGAAGAAGUAUGACCCAAACUCUUCCUCCCUACAUCUGUUGUCUGUGGGCAGAUCUUGCCCUCCUGCUCUAGACUCACCUGGCUUCAGCUUCAGUGGCCCUUAUAUCUUGUGUGGUGACAGUUCACCAGCGCCGAGUGCGUUUAUGAGUCUGGAGCCUCCCUGUGAGGAGUCCGACAACACUCUCUCUAACUCUGAACCUCCUUCUCCCUCCUCCUCGGAGAGGACUGCCCCAUCCCUCUUGGAGUCGAGUGAGGGCUACGUGGCGAUGCCUCAGGUCAGUGCUGGCCUGUCCAGAUCAACAGAGGAAGUGUCUGAUGGUCUUACGAGAGCUGUAGUAGCAGACUACAGUAAGAACACUGGUAACAACUACAGCAACAACAACAUCAUGGCAUGGCCCAAGUCAGAGCUCCACCCACCCCGACCUAGCUCUACGUCCAACGGCUCACUACCAAGUGAGAAUGAAGACCCUCCUCCAGCGUACAAGCCCCCCACCACCACCACCCCCUUCAACUUGCCCCCAGUGGGCCCUACCCUACACACCUCUGGGUACUGCUUCCUCCCAGCCCUACAGGCACUUGGGGGCUGGGGCCAUGUGCUUUCCUCUGGACCUCCUACAGGGGGCAGUCAAGAGCAGCAAGCCUGGAGGAAAGAGAGGGGGCAGGGGGAGCAGUGCAAGGAGGAUCCCUACGUCAGACUGUCCCAGCUAGCCACUUAG